AAGAUCGUCGUUCCGAUGCAUCCCUCCUCCCAUUGCUUAUCAAUAUUCAAUAAUUAUCACAACACGCUUUCCAACAAUUAUAUUAAAACGCUUUCUUCAUCUUAGUAGAGAAGAGGAGACUAAAAGCGGUAUAUACGGGUUGCACGUGCUCCAACCAGAAAAUGAGAGAUACGUAGCCACUGCCUGGGCUGAAAACCAUCCCAGCUGAUUCGGCAUCAUGCCUCGGCGCACAACCACAUCUGGAGGUGGACGUCAACGCCCAUCUGCUCGUGGUCGCAAUGAUGAUAUUCCGCAAGUGUAUCGGGACAUGCUUGCUGAAGCGGAUGAGCGAGCUGCCAAAGAGCCACAGACUGAUAGGCCGUUGAAGCGGCGCAAGGUUGGGGAAAGGUCGAAUGUCCAAUCGGCCGGUACUGAAGACGCUGUACCUGCGCCGGCAGAAGGAGUCAGUACAAGGCAAGUGCAGACCACUUAUGAUUUGGAUACAUCCUCCGACGAGUCGGACAUGGAGUGGGAAGAUAUCGUUAUUCCGGAGCCAGGCACAGGCACGCAAACAAAUAAUAACGCAGUAACCAACGAGGGGUUGCAAAUCACACUUGAUAAGUCCGACGACAAGCCAAAAGCUACUGUUAAAAGACGCAAACCAGUCGGGGCCAGUGAGAAGAGUUUACGAUUGGUCAUUCAUAAAGUCCACGUUCUUUGUCUAUUAAGCCAUGUUUCCAUUCGGAAUAUAUGGUGUAAUGACGAUGAGAUUCAAACGUUUCUUAAACAGAUGUUGACUAGAAAGGUCAUUGGAAAUCUGAAUCCUCGGGAGACAAUGCUGCAGUUCAAUCGCUCGACAACAUUUAUAGACGGCCUCAAGCAAGCUAGCGAGGCCUUUGCGAGGAGGUUCAAGGUAACAGCUCCCGGUCUAAGACGGCCGCACUGGGUAGAUGCACAAGACUGCCGGGACAGGGCAGAAGCAAUCAUGCGCGAAGCAGAGAUGUUUCUGUCUCGCGAAGACUAUCGCACACAAGCGCGGAAACUGGAGGGUUCUCGUGAUUUUGGCGCUCAAUUAUUCUGCGCUCUCCUACGAUCAGCAGCUGUUGAGGCUCGUUUGGUGUGUUCCAUACAAGCCUUGCCUUUUUCGGGAGUAGCCAAUGAACUGGUUCCUGAAAAGCCAAAACGACAAUAUAUAGUCAUAUCCUCCGAUGAUCAUGCCAGUUCCAGCGAUGAUCUAUCCGGCCUUCAGCCUAACAGAACAAAAAGACUCUCACAGCCUCAAUUUAAGAAAACCGUGCCAUCAUCGUCAUCCUAUACUGGUAAGCCACUUUAUUUCAGAAAUCAACAUAUAUUGACAUUAAUAGAACGCCCACGACACUUUGCUUCUUCCUCUUACCCGAUCUUCUGGGUCGAGGCCUUCAACGAGGCAGUUCAAAAAUGGGUCCCUGUAGAUCCACUAGUUACAAAAUCCGUUGCAAAGCAUACCAGAUUUGAGCCUCCUACAAGUGACAGACUCAACAACAUGUCUUACGUAGUAGCCUUUGAAGAAGAUGCAUCGGCAAGAGACGUAACUAGGCGGUACGCCAAAGCUUUCAAUGCGAAGACUCGCAAAACACGCGUGGAAAGCACCAAGCAUGGCGAACGGUGGUGGGCGACAGUUAUGGGCCAUUUUGAGAAACCGUUUCUGGAAGACCGCGACGAGGUGGAGUUGAGCGAACUCACGGCCAAAUCUGCAGCAGAACCAAUGCCAAAGAAUAUACAAGAUUUCAAAGACCAUCCCAUUUAUGCACUGGAGAGACAUCUUCGACAGAAUCAAGUGAUUCAUCCGAAAAGAGUAACGGGUCAAGUUGAAGUGACCAAGCCAGGCUCUAAGCAGCGGAUUCUGGAGCCUGUCUAUCGACGAGCUGAUGUUCACGUCGUUAGAAGUGCAGAUGGAUGGUAUCGACAUGGGAGGGACAUCAAGUUGGGAGAACAACCUCUUAAACGCGCGACAGCACGCACACCCAAAAACGAACUGGAGGGCGAAUUUGACAAUACGGCGGCUAAGGAGUAUCCUCUAUAUGCCAUACAUCAAACUGAGAUCUACCGACCACCGCCAGUAGUCAAAGGCCGAAUUCCAAAAAACGCCUUCGGUAAUCUAGAUAUCUACGUGCCUACUAUGAUACCAUCUGGCGGUUUCCAUCUAAAACAUCCUGCGGCGAUUCAAGCAGCGCGUGUCCUCGGUAUUGACUAUGCAGAAGCCGUAACGGGCUUCAAAUUUAACGGUUCUCGUGGAAUCGGAGUUUUCAAUGGCAUUAUUGUCGCUUGUGAAUAUAGAGAAGCACUAGAGGAAGUUAUUCGGUGUAUGGAGGACGAAAAGGCCGAGGCGGAGGAGGAAAGGAAGUCUCAGGAAGCAUUGCGGUUAUGGAAGCUUUUCUUGCUUAAGUUGAGAAUUGCAGAAAAGGUCAAGCGCUACGUGUUCGAAGGAGAAGAGUCGGAAGAUGUAGAGAAUGUGCAGCAUUCAGAUGAUGAUUAUGAUGGUGAGACCGACGAGCCGGGGUCUGAAGGAGGUGGAUUUCUACCGGAUUCAGACAAGGGAAUUGCACAGCCUACUAGCCUUUCUCGUGACGAGAAAUUUGCUCCUAAUACCAAUACUGGGGAUAUUCCAGCCGGUGAUGGGGGCGGCUUCAUCCGAGACGACGAGGAAAUCGACGGCGGAGGCUUUAUGGCUGAAUCUGAGAAUGAUGAUGCGCUGGAACCUGCUCCAGUCGACGCCAUCAUACAGCCCACUUCCACGCUGAUGAAGCCGAAGAGUAAUGUCCCUCGCUAUCAGUUGACUGUUAUUCCGAAUACGAAAAAGUCUGGUACUGUCUCCGACCGACCUAGCGAUUCAACAAAAGCUUCAAAGAGAGACCCUCAGGUUAAAGAGACAGCCCAAGAGAACAACGCGCCAGUAGAUGAUGGUCGACAGUUUUCGAACGAUGUAUCGGCCGUGGUCGACACAUCUACUUGGCUAGUGCCUACAUCUGAGAGCGUUGAAGCAAUAUCCCUAGUUGAAUCGAAACCUGCAUCUCGUGUUCCAUCUCCAGUAGAGGUGGAAGGAGAUUCAGAUAGCGAUAUCGAGAAGGUGUCCUUGCUAUCGCAUGACCCAGAGGACGAGGAUGCAGAACCGGAUUGGCUCAUGUCUGACUGAUUGGAGUUAAAUAUGUAUAUAGUUGUAUACCCUUGUGAUAAUAGCGAAUAUUGGAAUGAUUGAAAAUAAAA